UGAGGCGCCAUGCUGCGUUGAGCCAACGCACUAAAGUAAGCAUGGCGGCUGUGGUGCAAGAUCACGGUAGCAAACAUGUGGACGAAAAAGAGGAAAUUAUAGAAGACGGCGAUGAGGAGGACGACGCCGAGGACGACGUCGGACCUCAGGACGCCGCCAAGAAGAAAAAGAAACGGAAGAAGAAGAAAAAGAAAGGUCCUCAGGAAGCCAACGGACUAGAGCCAGGGUCAACGCAAGUUCCAGAGGUAACAGCCGCGCUCGAAAACCAGCACAUCGAUGGCACCGGUGACAAGGCUGAGGAGAAAGGUGAUGGUGAAGAAGCAAAGAAGAAGAAAAAGAAGAAACCUAAAGGUCCAAAACAGCAAACUGAUCCACCAUCGAUUCCAAUCUGUGAUCUUUUCCCUGAUGGCAAUUUCCCAGUUGGAGAGGAAGUGGAACAUCCUAUACCAAAUGAUAGCCGUACGGGAAAGAACCGCAUGACUGAUCCGGAGAAGAAAGCGCUGGAAAGCAUGUCACAAGAGCAGUACAGGGAGAUUAGGCAGGCAGCUGAAGCACAUCGCCAGACAAGGCAGUACAUGCUGAAAGUUAUCAAGCCCGGAAUGACCAUGAUUGAAAUAUGUGAAUUGCUGGAGUCUACAGCUCGCACGCUCAUCAAGGAGAAUGGGCUGAAUGCAGGGUUGGCAUUCCCCACGGGCUGCUCAAUCAAUCACUGUGCCGCGCACUACACGCCAAACGCAGGCGAUCCUACAGUGCUGGGCUACGACGAUGUGUGCAAGAUUGACUUUGGCACACACAUCAAUGGCAAUAUCAUUGACUGUGCCUUCACGCUGACAUUUAACAACAAAUAUGACAAACUCCUUGAAGCAGUGCGAGAUGCCACCAAUACAGGAAUAAGGACAGCUGGAAUAGAUGUCAGGCUUUGUGACAUUGGCGAGGCCAUCCAAGAAGUCAUGGAAUCUUAUGAAGUGGAACUUGAUGGCAAGACAUACCAGGUGAAGGCCAUUCGCAACCUUAAUGGUCACUCGAUUGGUCCGUACCGAAUCCACGCUGGGAAGACCGUGCCUAUUGUGAAGGGAGGAGAAGCUGUUAGAAUGGAGGAAGGCGAAGUGUAUGCCAUUGAAACCUUUGGCAGCACAGGCAAAGGCUAUGUGCACGAUGACAUGGAGGUGUCGCAUUACAUGAAGAACUUUGACGCCGGUCGUGUGCCACUGAGACUGCCCCGUUCCAAGCAGCUGCUGGGCGUCAUCAACCAGAACUUUGGCACACUGGCCUUCUGCCGCCGCUGGCUCGACAGGCUGGGCCAGACAAAGUAUCUCAUGGCUCUCAAGGAUCUCUGCGACAAGAGCAUCGUGGACCCAUACCCACCCCUGUGCGACACCAAGGGGUGCUACACGGCCCAAUUCGAGCACACCAUCCUGCUGCGCCCGACGUGCAAGGAGGUUAUCAGUCGGGGAACGGACUACUGAGGCGUACCGGAAGCGCUGGUGUUGUUAUAGACCAUCCAGCCACAUUGCAGUGGUCUAGAACGCAAGCUAGUAAUGAGGUACCACUCCUAUGAAUUGCAGUAAUUUUUUGGGGUGGUGUCUUGCACACAUUCUUUUUUUUUUGAAGGUGGGUGUUUGUGCAGCGCCGCCCACUGUUGAACAGAAUGUGCAAACGCAUGGCUCACAAUCCAGGUGUGCUUCAGGGUAAGACACUGGAUGAAGCAAUGUCAACAAACUGUGUAUGAGGGCAUUGGAUGGAGCCAGUGCACCUCAAGAGACGCAAAGCCACUUACUUCUAAACGUACCAGUAUGAAAAACGCAUGUGCACGCAUGUUUUCUUCAAGAGCGUACUGCGCUGUGCACUGAAGGCUUAGGAUGUGCCUGAACUCGCAGUUUUAGCGCUGUUAUCCAGUGCCCGAGUUGGUCUACAGAACUGUGGACAUUUGCAGAAAUUGCAACAGUGGGGUUACGCGGGGAACUUGUUGUUUUGAAUAAAAGAAGUCUGUUUGGUUUUUUCCAAGAGAAAAGAGUGUUUGCUUAUUUGAGGUAAAAGUUGUUAGAGAAGAGUUUAACUUCAAUUCAAAUUUAUUUUCUCAUCUUUCAUAUUUUUAAAGCUUCACUAAUGUCUUGCAGCCACAAUCUAUCAAAUUUGCACAGGUUGCUAUAGUUGUGUAAACAGUCACUGGUGUUCUGGGGUCACCCCAAAAGUAGAGCACAAAUACACUUGGCUUUUGCACCGAUUACACAAUUGCACAUUAUUUUUAUUUUUUUCCAAUGGGCUAGAGUUCAAGCUUUCAAUUAUUACUGCAGGCAAUUGCUUUCUGAUUUUCGCAUUGCCUUACGUCCUGCUAGCAUCACAAAAGCUUUUCCAUUUUAUUACGGGCUUGUAUUUAUCUUAAACAGUAGCAUUGCAAUUUGACUGUUUUUCAUGGUGAUACCUUUGAGCCUGGCUAACAAAUCUUGCCGGUAGCCUGGUAACUUGCCUUUUAGAUCACUGCCCGACCUCGUGCUGUUGUGCUUCCUUUUUUCGGAAGCAACGUUUAACCCCAUGUACCCUCAUGCUUGUUGGUUGGUUUAUACGUUUGUUAAAUGGUAUAUUUUGUUGACUCUGCUCCGUUUUUUUCUCUUUACUUCAUCUGGCAUGUUGCCAGAGCACACAUUUAGUGCGGGCUAACGAUAACCCUAAUUUAUCGUCAUACAUUUUGGUAAAUUGACUUGAAUGAACUUACUGUUGUACAAAGGCACCAAGAAAAACCAGGAAUACAAGAAGAACGCACACAAGACGUUUUGACCCUGGUUUUCUGUGUCAGAACGUCGGAAUGAAUAAAUCUCGCCCACAUUGCAGGGUUUAAUGAGCAAACACACAUCACAUUUGGCUUUGUUUGAAAGGAACUGGGUUAGAGCGGUAGGAUUUGAAAAUUUUGGUAUUUUUGUUAAAGCUAAGGGAAAAUUGUAACCGUGGAAUCCUUUGUUCAGCCGCUCAUGGUACUCAUCUGUGUUUGUAGAUCGCCAGCAGAAUAUGCAUACUAAUGAUUUCUUAUGUCUAAAGGAUCGCUGGCAUCUGUCUUGUGAUUUCUCUUUGCUUCAUUGCAGCAGGCUGUGCAGGUUCAGGUCCAAAAUUUAAUCUGUGCUGACAAUAGCCUUGUGGUCAAUGUUCAUUCUUAACAGGGAACGCUCUUUAUAUCAUAGGUAUAUCACUCAGCUCUUGCGGAUUCAUGGGGCUGGACAAUACGAUGCAUUGUUGUUGAACAUGUAGUUGAACAUGGUGCCAUCAAGAUGUUCAAAAGCGGCAUAAAAAAUUGAGCUGCUCUGUUGAGUAAUAGAUUCUUCUUAUACAUGCAGAUGAGUGUAAUGCAGUGAGGAGCUCUGGGGAAACAGGUGCACCUUCGUAAUUAAGCAGGCCAGACAAAAAUAGCAAAGGCUGGUGUGUUUGAAGGCAUUUACAGUGUAAGCUAGCAAAUGGGCUGGACAUGUCUGUCUGUCCUGGGGACCUUGCUACAAAUCGUUCGACUUAUUUCCAGCUUAUUGUGCUGAAGUAUUUUUCUGUAUGGCCUUGUGUCUGUGUUCAUGUACUAGUCUGUGCAACUUAUUUGAAGUUUCAACUGUCAUUCGCGGUAAUUAGGCUGUGAGGAUUGAAAAAAAGUAUUAGAAUUUUCUUUUGUUUGUUUUAUGCACUGAUAAAGCAGAAAACACUUCCCAUUUCUCAUAUAAGCAUGCAGUACUGUUAAGAAGGGAAAGCAGAAUUUAAAAAAAAAAUUAUGAAGUUUGUAAAGUGAGCUUGUAGUUCUUGUUUCAGGCCAUGUAGGUAAUACUAAAGUCCUCUUGACCGAAGCCUCGAAACACAAUGCACCAUUCUUUGUAUGGACAAAUGACUUGCACUGUUAAGGGUCUUGUGCCUAUACUUCUAAUUUUUUAUUUCAUUCAGCCACAGAAGUGCAUCUUAGUUUGCAAAAACCACUUACAAAUCUAUUUUGUAAUUCACUGAAUAAAAGCACUCAACGUUUAGAAGUUAUGAGUGCGUUUAGAAGUAAGUAGUACUCUCACUUGAAAUGUAAUUUUCUUAUGUGUAGGGGUCCCCAGGCAUGGUUGCCCUAAUGGCACGAAUGCACUAAUGUUCUCAUGUGAAAAGCACGCGUUAUCUAAUGGGCAUGUUACAUAGUGAAACAUUCGCUUUUAUCCAUUUUGUUCAGGUGGAUCUGAACCAUCAGUGUGUGCAGCUCGUCUUGAUUGAGCCUAUGGAGUGCUGGCUUAUUGAACGUGGGGAUAUGUCGUGAGAGUAACCUUCACUAACUUUCUUAACUAGAUCUAACGGACAAUCAAGCCUGUUAGUUCUAACUAACAUUGUGUCUAACAAAGAAAAAAACGAGCCCUUAAAAAAGAUUGCCUGUUCGUUCCUUCACUCACUCUAUAUUUUCUCUGUACAAGUUUAUGUGAAGUGAAAAGUACUCGUAGCCAGACUAAACUUGAAGCCAUUUUAUAAUACUGUUUCAUUUGACACAGAUUGAUGUGUUUUGGGGUAAACGCCUCUAUCUCUACUGGAUCUGCCCACUACUGGCAACGGCUUAGAAUUUCAUAAUACUAAUUGUUGGGGUUUUACGUCCCAAAACCAUGAUAUGAUUAUGAGAGACGCCAUUGUGGAAAGCUCCAGAAAUUUGGACCACCUGGGGUUCGUUAACCUGCACCUAAAUCUACACACACGAACCCCUAGCAUUUUGCCUCCUUCGAAAUCAGGCCACCACGUCUGGGAUUUGCCCUCACGACACUCGGGUCAGACACAGCAUUUCGUUAGUCAUUAUGUUAUGCAUGGGCAUGUGCUCCCCUUAGCUUGAGAACAUUUGCAUCAGGGAGUGUUGAACAUGUGAUACGAAGCUGUGGUUGUUUUAAAGGACUUGAGAAAUGUCUCUUUACGCUAACAGCCAGCUAUUGACUCAAGGCACAGUUCUUGCAAAGUAUUAUUGACUGCAGUCUCUGCAGUAUAUUUGUGGGUCCAGCACCUGUUUUCUUUUAUUCAGAAUGUGUAGGAGAUGGCGUUGUGUUGGUCUUUUUCUUUGGUGCUGUAGCCUUUUAUUUUUCUUUGAGCACUUCACACGUCUUUAUCCUUCCUUUCAUUUGGCCGAAUCAUUGUAAGUGAUAAAUUGGACAAGGGCUGGUUUAGCAGCUUGAUAUAAAGUCGUGUGCCUAAUGUGCUUUGUUGAUAACUGCAGCUGUUUACUUGCCUUCUCUAGGUUCUCGCCUGAAAGACAUUUGACUUUGUUCAACUGAUAGAGACUAUUGACUUGUUUUCUAUAAGUACUGCAAGUGUCACCAGAUAUUAUGAAGUGUGGAUUUUCCAACUUUAGGUUGGCACAAGCUAAUUACCACUCUGUUUUAAUAGUCUGGCAAUGCUUCUUUUAUAUCAUUUGCAGCAUUUUUUCUGUGCAAACAGCAAGAAGUUGAAAGCAUUAAGAGCAACAUCUUAGUGGAUUCAAGCCAUAAAUAAAUGUUUUGCUGCUUUUCUCUUUUUUUUGUGCACAUUUUUUGGUUCUGCCACCCCUUGGCAAGGGUAGUUUUCGACGUAAUAAUGCUCAACAGAUACAUUUAGUAAUACUUGCAGAUAUAGAGGGGACUGCUAGGCGAUCAAGCUUGACUUAAAAAGUUAUUUCUAGGCAUAAUGAAUGCAAAUAAUGCUGCUGAAAUCGACAAUUUUAAUCCAGAAUUGUCAUUUCACUCGGAUUUUCAUGAACAUUGUACACAACUCUUGAAACAUCUCUGUGAAAAGUAAUUCUGCAAUCUUUUUUUUAUAUUUUAAUAACUUGUAUUUCUGCAGAAAUUUGCUUUCACAUCAGUGAACUAAGCAGAAGUGUUGAACUCUGGAAGCUGCACAGUUGAAGGUUUGGUUUAGCAAUCUUGUUGAUUUAUGGUGCACUAAAUAUCUCCGUACUGGUUUGUUUGCGUUUAUAUUGAGGCAUGUGCUGUCUACUGCAGAAACUGCCUUAGUGCUCUUUGGUUAUCUGGUUAGACAUUGAGUGACAGUUGAUGCUGUUUUCUAUCUUGUGCAUUGCCAUUUCUUAAAAGCUUUAUAAAUGCCUUUGUUUGCUCAAUAAAAUAAGUGUUCACGAGGAAGGUUUUGAACUGAAAA